GAAACCCGGCCGCUCUUUCUGCGUGAGCAUUUGCUGCCCAUCAGUGGACUCAACUGCUGUGUUGAAACACUGAAGGGACAUUUUUUGCAAGGAAUUUUUCUCUCCCAAAACAAUUUCCACCAACAUGACCUCUAAUUCCAAUUUAUCCAACAUGCGACGGCUGGUGGAACAACUGAAGCUUGAGGCCAGCGUGGAAAGAAUCAAGGUGUCCCAGGCGGCUGCAGAGCUCCAGCAGUACUGUCUGCAGAACGCAGGCAAGGACGCGCUGCUGGUCGGAGUCCCCACAGGCAGCAACCCCUUCAGAGAACCACGCUCCUGUGCUGUAGUGUGAAGAUGAAGAGGAAGUGGAACUGUGGCAUCUCACUCACAGAAGCAAGGAAUUCCAUUUUGUUUUUAACCAUUUUUAUUUUAUUUUAAUUUCAUGUUUUUGAAGAAAAACACAUGAAAAAAGAAUAUAUAUUUUUUCAAAUAAAUGUCUUAGCCAUAUAUUGUUGCUUUUUUAACACAUUAAACUACUUCACAUAAACCUC